UCCCCAAUAACCCACGCCACGCAACAAAACACGCUCCUUCCACUUCCGUCUCCAAUUGGAAAUCCGUUUUCCCGGUAAAACUAACUGCCCCACAAAAACUCCCCCCCUUUCCGUUUUCUCAAUCAGUCUCCCCUUUAUAAAUUCAUGGAAAAAAAAGAUCCCUCUAAAAUCCAAAAAUAAAAUAUUAAAAAAAUAUCACAUCAACCUCAUAUUUAUAUCCUAAUAAACAGAUUGAUGCACAUUCAUGUAUAGACAUUUCAUAGCCAAAACACUAACACAUACCUCUUCCCUCUUGCUCUUCUAGUUCCGGUCACUUUCCGGCCGUUGCUCCGGCAGUUCUCUGCUGAUUCAGGCUUCGAAGUCGUUUUGACUUCGAUAUUACAGAUAUAGAGAUGACGAGAGAAUGAGAAACCGUAAACGGCGAUCAUGUCACUGCCGUGCUCCGAUUGCUUCACCGACCUUCUCUGCAGCGAGGAUUCCUCCGAAAUAUUCUCCGCUGAGUCACCGGAAUGCUCAUCGGACCUCGAAUCUCCGGCUUUUAUCGAAGAAUCUAUUGCCAGUUUCAUUGAAGAUGAAAGAAAUUUCGUGCCUGGUUUCGAUUACUUGUCUCGGUUCCAAUCUCGCUCUCUCGAUGCAUCGGCUCGAGAAGAAUCUGUUGCAUGGAUUCUCAAGGUGCAAGCAUACUAUAGUUUCCAACCGUUGACGGCGUAUCUUUCCGUCAACUAUUUGGAUCGGUUUCUUUAUUCUCGUCCAUUGCCGCAAACAAAAGGGUGGCCAAUGCAACUGCUAUCUGUUGCUUGCUUGUCAUUAGCAGCUAAAAUGGAGGAAGCUCUCGUUCCUUCUCUUUUGGAUCUCCAGGUUGAAGGUGCGAAAUAUAUCUUUGAACCAAGAACAAUCCGUAGAAUGGAACUUCUCGUUCUUAGUGUGUUGGAUUGGAGGCUACGAUCUGUAACACCAUUUAGCUUUCUUGAUUUCUUUGCAUGCAAGCUCGAUUCAUCAUCAACUUACAUCGGGUUUCUGAUUUCACGGGCCAAAGAGAUCAUUUUAUCUAAUAUGCAAGAAGCGAGCUUUCUUGAGUAUUGGCCAUCGAGCAUUGCUGCUGCAGCUAUACUUUGUGCAGCCAAUGAAAUACCAAAAUUGUCUCUUGUUAAUCCUGAGCUUGCUGAAUCAUGGUGUGAUGGUCUAAGCAAAGAAAAAAUCAUCAGCUGCUACCAGUUAAUGCAAGAUCUCGUGCUUGAUAAUAGCCGGAGAAAACCCCCUAAAGUCUUACCACUGCUUAGAGUAACAAUCCGGGCCCGAAUGAGGUCCAGUGACUCGUCUUCUUCACCAACUUCAUCUUCAUCCUCGUCACCAUCAUCUUAUAAAAGAAGAAAAUUAAAUAACUGCUUAUGGGUGGAUGAUGACAAAGGAAAUUCCGAGCGAGGGGCAAAAGAGAGAUUUUAAAAAGAAAAAGAAUAAAAAAAUAAAAGAAAAUGGUGGUCCAAUUCCAAUAUCCUCAAAAUAUUUUCUUGGAGGGUUUUGAGGGAGAAAUUGACUCAAGUGAUGAUGCAGAUUAUUUUGUGUAUAUAAGUGUGGAUUAGAGUUUGGUGAGUUUGGAAGAUUUAUUAAAAUUUUUUUUCUAGAAGUGGGGUUUGCCAUUUCAUUAUCAAUGGCAUUGCAGAUUCCCAAGGGACGGGGAUUUGUGUUUAGCUUAAUAAUUUUGUGUGAGAAGUUAGGAGAAGAAAGAGAAAGCUCUUAUGGUUUUUAAAUUACUACUGCUAGAAUAGUAUAGUAUAUAAUUAAGAGUCAUGAAGUGUGAAAGAAGUGGGAGGUUGAUGAAAAUCAAUGGCAGCAUUGAUUAUUGAAUGAAAGGGGAGAAGAUGGUGGGACCUGAAGCAGAAAAAAAUAAAAGGAAAGUUGCUAAGGAUAUCAAAUAAGGAAUUGAAAUUUGAAGCUGUGAAGUUUGAUUAGUCAUUCCAUAGGUGGUGGCACCAUCAUUUUCAUUACUUCUUUUGAUGGGGAUUAAUUAAAACCUCCUAUUCCUAGCUAAAAGCUCCCCCAAACCAAAAAUAAUAUGACUCUGUCUCAACACAUGAUAUGUUUAUAGAUUGAUUUUUGAGAGUGGUUUGUGUGCCUAUGCGCUGAGGGUAGUGCAUGGCACGCACGUGUGUAUGUGUGCUUUUUUGGCGGGAAUUGCCUCUUCUCUAAUGGCCUUCAUAUCUUCGGCCUAACCAUAUAAUAUACUACUACUACUACUAGGCUCUUAACCACGUGACUGGUGGUUACACGUGUGUAAACUUUUCUUUUAAUUUUGUAUUUUUUUUUUCCUGAAAAUAAUUUUAUUUUGUUUUUUUCAUUUUUUCGUUUGUUUAAGAGGAGAAACCUCGACCUCUUAAUUACUCUUACUAGGCCUGAUUUGACUUGGCCUGGCAAAUACAAAAAGGUCUUUGGGGCCUUUCACGCGUGUCUGUUAGUCUGUAUCUGAUUCUGAUUAAUAUAAUAAUCCAAAAUAAUUUAUUUGAAA